AUGUACCAGCCAUCUCGUUCAGUCGCGGAUAGCGUCUCUGCCACAUUAGUAUCCUUACCUGCUACACGAUCUCCGCGUUAUACCGCCUCCGAGGUUCCCGAUGCAUUCUCUACAAGCUUCCACCAAGUACCAGAGACACUUUCACCAGGAUAUCCUAUGUCGCCUACAACAGCUUCCUCACGUCUGACCGAUAUGCCACCCCAGUAUCUUCCUCUUUCAGCAUCGUCCCUAGCCAUGGGCACAAACUGUUCCUCACCCGCAGUUCAUGAUUCUCUGCAUUCUGCUACCAGCAAGACCCCGAACAUAACCACCUCGCCCACCAGAUUCGAGGCCGAGACACUUCUGCACAUAUUUUUCAACGAGGUCGGAGAGGCUAAGUAUACUGUCAGUCGGGAAAUGUUCCGAUUAUUCCUGGAUGUUAUCUACUGUUCCUUGCCUGUUCCCUACGAUUGGAGAAUACCCUACAUCGAUGUCAUAUCCAAAUUCCAUGUCUACAUGGCAAUGGCAAUCGGUUUACGGAUGAAAACUGAGGGCCACCCCACAGAACGCCAACUUUUGGAGAUAUGCUAUCGGCUUGCACUUGAAGCCGCUAAAGCACCAGGUUUCUGGUCACUGCCUCUCUCAGCGGAGGCGGCAAUGCUCUUCACAUUAUUUGCUCAAGUCAGUUAA